AUGACGGUGUCACGAUCCCUCCGCGAGGUCUCAACCUACCUGCUUAUGGUGGUUGGCUUCGCUGCCUUGGGCCCCCUGCAGUUUGGCUUCCAUCUUGCCGAGCUCAAUGCUCCUCACGAUGUCAUUACCUGUGCCACCAAGAACAGCGCCCCGAGUUCCAUGACGGAUGCCUUCAAGGCCCUCGUGACGGGCAAGUCAAGCAUCUCCCACAUCGCCCACGUAUAUUACCUUCCCGACUGCAUCCAGAUGAACGAGGCCGAGUUCGCCCUCGUCUCCGCCAUGUACACGCUCGGUGGUCUUCUGGGUGCUCUCAGCUUCGGCCCUCUGUCUUCUGCCAAGGGCCGCGUCUUCGCCAUGCGCCUCACCAGCGCCUUCUUCCUGAUCGGUUCCUUCAUCGAGGCUGUCUCCAACGCGAUUCCCGUCCUCGCUUUCGGUAGGGUCCUCACCGGUAUCGGCGCUGGUGCUGCCACCGUCAUUGUGCCCAUCUACAUCAGCGAAGUGGCACCUCCAACCGAGCGUGGCUUGUUCGGCGCCAUGACUCAGAUCAGCACAAACGUCGGUAUUCUCUUGUCACAGACCUUGGGCUUCUUCUUGAGCUAUAGCUCUACCUGGAGGUGGAUCCUCGGCGCUGGCGUCAUUGUUGCGGGCGCUCAUGCUGGUGGCCUCAUGACCGUGCCGGAGUCGCCCUCGUGGCUUGCUGCCAACGACAACGUCUUCCUGGCCAGGAAGAACCUGCAGCGUCUUCGUGGCAAGAAGUACGACAUCAGUGAGGAGGCCUCCAGAUGGGGUGGUGAGCCCAUCUCUCCCGAAGUCGAGUCGCUGCUCAACAGCUCUCCUGCUGCGACUGCCACUACGCCUACCAGCGCUCGUGGCCGCAGGACAUCCACCAGCAGCCGUGGCAGCAGCAAUGGCAGCACUAAGAGCCCACGCACCAUGGGCUUCUUCCAAGUCAUCCGGGAUCCUCUCUACCGUCCAGCGGUCAUCGCUUGUGUUGGAGUCAUGUGCGCCCAGCAGCUCUGCGGCAUCAACUCCAUUGUUGUGUACUCGGUCUCGCUUCUGGACAAUCUUCUGCCCAUGAGCUCCGCGCUUCUGACAAUCCUGGUGUCUGCUGUCAACCUGUUCACCACCAUCGCCUGCUCGCCGCUCCCGGAUAAGCUCGGACGCAAGACUUGCCUCUUGCUCUCCAUCAGCGGCCAGGGUUCAUCGGCGUUGAUCCUCGCUCUAUCCAUCAUUUUCCACGUCAAGUGGCUUUCGGCUUUGGCGGUUCUUUCCUUUGUUGCCUUCUUUGCCGUCGGUCUCGGCCCUGUUCCGUUUAUUCUGGCAUCUGAGCUUGUUGGCCAGGAAGCCGUUGGUGCGACCCAGUCGUGGUGUCUGGCCUCCAACUACAUUGCAACGUUCCUCGUGGUCCAGUUCUUCCCCAUCAUCAACGACGAGCUGAACUUCCGCUUCGGAAGUGCCGGCUGGGUCUAUUUCAUCUUUGCGGGCCUGGCCGCGCUCAGCGCCCUGUUCGUUAUGGUCAAGGUCCCCGAGACCAAGGGCAAGAAGGAUGCCGACGAGGUCUGGGGCCGUGAGCGGCGUCUCGACUAA